AUGGUCGGAAACUGUAAAUCCACAAAGGGAAUAUCUAUGGCGGUUGUUGACGCAAACGCCGUCAUUGAAGGAGGCCAGAGCUUAACCAACUUCGCUGACAAAUUCGUAACGUUGUUAAAUUUGCAAACUCGCUCUGAUGUUGAUCUCAAACUGAUUGCUUUGACAUACACUCUCGAGGCUCAGGUUCAUGGGACCAAAAAUCUCAGAGAUGUUCCUCCACCGAUUCAAACUCGUAGUGUAAAGAGAUUACCUGAGAAGGAAUUGCCUCGUUGGAGCUCUUCCAAUGUGGCUAAGUUAGAGGAGUGGGAAGCAUUGGAAAAAUGUAAUUCUAACUCCGAAAUCUUUCCGCUUAAAGACCGUAACGUGAAUAUCAUCCCAUAG